AUGCACAUUUGGAGGAAGGAAUGGAAAAUUGCUCGAACAAUAUGUCUCAAUAAAAGCGACAAUCAUGCACCAACUCCAAAUCAAUUACGUCCUAUCUCUAUGUUGCCAACAUUUAGUAAAAUCUAUGAACGAUUAUUUCUCAUUAGAUUCAAUAGCUGGUCAUAUAAAAUGAAUAUUUUGCCUUCCCAACAAUCAGGUGCAAGACCCCAUCAAGCAACAAUAUCCAGAAUUAACUGCUUAUUGGAACAAAUGACCCAAUCCCAACGCUACAAUUCAUUCAUUCCGGUUGUUUAUAUUGAUUUUUUGCAAGCAUUUGACAAACUCUGGCAUCAAGGACUGCUACCAAACCUAAAAAGACUUGAUUGUUCUUCAUCUUAUCUUGUUUGGUUAGCUAAUUAUUUCUCAAAUCGGACUCUGAAAAUUGAUUAUGGUGGAGUGGUAUCAACAUUAAUCAACGUCGAACGAGGAGCUCAUCAAGGAAGUUGCCUUGGACCUGUAAUGUAUGUCAUUAGUCAUCAUGAUCUCCCCCAAUGCUUUCGUGACCCAACACAUGUUCAUGCAUAUGUUGAUGAUAUUGCUAUUGCUUAUGUACCAUCCAUUCACCUGAAGUACAAACUCCAAGUCGUCGAAAUCGAAGAACGUAUUAAUAAUGAUAUCUUAAUGCUGCGACAAUACGCGAACGACUAG